AUGUCCGACCACAUCACCGGAGCCCCCAAGCACGAGAAGAACUACGAGAGCUCUGACAACAUGGCCGACAACAACAACAUGUUCGGCGAGGGCGAGGUCUACGACUCCCAGCGGAUGAAGCAGAUCGCAGCAGAUGGCAACGCCCAUUUCCACCGCCUGGGCUGGAAACGCCUCGCGGUUGUCACCAUCGUCGAGGCUAUCGCUCUCGGCGCUCUUUCCCUGCCUCAGGCAUAUGCAACCCUCGGCAUGUUCGCUGGUGUCUUCCUCACAAUCACGCUUGGCUGCAUCGCCAUCUUCACCAGCUACAUUGUCGGCCAGGUCAAGCUGAAGUACCCAGAAAUCGCAUCGUACGCUGACGCUGGACGCCUGCUUCUCGGACGCUUCGGUUACGAACUGUUUGGUGCUGCGCUUGUUCUCGAGCUGGUCAUGGUUGUCGGUUCGCACGCUCUGACUGGAAGCAUUGCGCUCAUCAACAUCAACGGCGGCCACGUCUGCUCCAUCGUCUUCUCCGCCGUCUCUGCUGUUAUCCUCCUGAUCCUCGCCAUCCCGCCCUCGUUCUCAGAGGUCGCCAUCUUAGGUUACAUCGAUUUCGCCUCUAUUCUCAUCGCCAUCGGCAUCACCAUCAUCGCGACUGGCAUCCAGGCGGGCGACCACGCGGGUGGGAUGUCGGCCGUCGACUGGUCGGCAUGGCCCAAGGACGACCUCAGUUUUUCCGAGGCCUUUGUCGCCGUCUCCAACGUCAUCUUCGCCUUCAGUUUCGCCAUUGGGCAGUUCUCCUUUAUGGACGAGAUGCACACUCCCCAGGACUACAUGAAGAGUAUCUGGGCGUCCGGCACCAUCCAGAUCUGCAUCUACACCCUCACCGGCGCUCUCUGCUACGCCUUCAUCGGCUCGAGCGUCGAGUCCCCCGCGCUUCUGUCCGCCGGCCCUCUAAUCUCGAAGAUUGCAUUUGGUAUCGCCCUGCCCGUCAUCUUCAUCUCGGGAUCCAUCAACACGACCGUCGCGCUGCGCUACAUCCACGGGCGCAUGUUCAAGAACUCAGUCCUGCGCUACAUCAACACGGUCGCAGGAUGGGCGUCCUGGAUCGUGCUCGUCGUCAUCUUCACCAUCAUCGCGUGGAUCAUCGCCGAAGCCAUCCCCAUCUUCUCCGACCUGCUGUCCCUGGCCUCGGCGCUCUUCGUCUCCGGCUUCUCCUUCUACAUUCCCGCCGUGAUGUGGUUCUGCCUGCUGCGCACCGGCAGCCCGUUCGCGCGCGAGAACCUCGCCAUGAGCGCCGCGUGCCUGUUGGCGUUUGUCGUCGGCAUCGUCACGCUGGGUGCGGGCUCGUACGCCACGAUUGCCGACAUCAUCAAGCUCACCACAAACGGUAGCGCACACAGUCCCUUCACCUGCCGUUCACAGAAUUAG